AUGGAAGACAUCAACCUCGAUCAUGUACGUGAAACAAGUAGUGACAUAAAUUUAGCAGUUAAAAUCACUGAUGCUUAUAAAGCAUACAACUCAACGGCUGUCGUAUUAAAUGGAUUCAACAUGAAUGUGAAAAAAGGAACAAUAUAUGGCUUAUUAGGACCAAGUGGAUGUGGCAAAACAACGUUACUAUCUUGUAUUAUUGGCCGAGGUAGAUUGGACUCUGGACACAUUCAACUUUCUGUAAGAAAGAAAAAAGAAAUAGGUUACAUGCCACAGGUAAUUGCAAAAACUACUAUAUAA